GCGCGCCGGGGAGCGCGGGUUCCCCUUCCGGAGCGGCCGCCGCCCCCCCGCCCGCCGGGUUCGCUUCCGGCGCCGUCCGGGCUCCGUUCCUGCCGCCGCCGCCGAGCGCGGCGCGGGGCCCAUGGAGCCGCGGCCGUGAGGCGCCCCCGGCCCGGGCCCGCUGCGGGAGCCGGGCGGAGGCCGGAGCCGGGUGCCGCCGGAGCCGGAGGAGAUGGACAAACUGACCAUCAUCUCAGGAUGCCUCUUCCUGGCUGCCGACAUCUUCGCCAUCGCCAGCCUGGCGAACCCGGACUGGAUCAACACCGGCGAGUCCGCGGUGACUGUGACAGGAGAAGUUAUUUGCCCUUUCAUGAACCUGUUUGGAUUGCAUGCUGAGAAUACAAAUAAAAGGAGGAUGAUACAGAGAAUGAAGAUUUAUGUACCAUCAGGUCCUAGAGCCUCUGACUGAUGGAGAUAGACACAGAUCUGAGAAACUGGAGAUAUGGCCAAGAAGAGGAUCUGUGCAGGGUGCUCUCACAGUUGGCCUUGUGCGACAGUGUCAAACCAUCCAUGGACGUGACAGGACCUGUAUUCCUCCACGGCUGCCUCCCGAGUGGGUCACUACGUUAUUUUUCAUCAUAAUGGGAAUCAUUUCACUAACUGUCACAUGUGGCUUGCUGGUGGCUUCCCACUGGCGAAGAGAAGCUACUAAAUAUGCCCGCUGGAUAGCUUUCACUGGAAUGAUUCUAUUCUGUAUGGCAGCUCUAAUAUUUCCAAUAGGAUUUUACAUCAAUGAAGUUGGAGGUCAACCCUAUAAAUUACCCAAUAACACAGUGGUUGGGUCUUCGUAUGUACUGUUUGUCUUAUCCAUUUUCUUUACAAUAGUGGGACUUCUAUUUGCUGGCAAAGUUUGUUUACCUGGCUGAUGAAUGUCUGGACUGCAGGACUUUAUUUUGGAAAAGAGCAAGACAUCAGAAUUGCAUUCUCAGGAGGAUGCCUAAAUCAGACUAUCAAACACUGACUGAAAAAAGGAAUGCUUUGACUUGUUCUCACUAUGCACUUUGGAUGAAAAAAAGGAGAGCCUUUCCCAUAACCAAAUACAGACCACGUUGACUAAUCUCCUGAGCAUACUUCAAUGCAGUCAGGUCUGCACUGUGAUAGGAACUAGUGAAGAAUGCUUUACACUGACAAGCAAAACGCCCCACGUUACUGGACUGUUCUGUUUUUAAUGUCUAACAAUUUGGAAGUCAAAGUAUUUAUGAACUUUGUGGUGGACCAGAGGGUUGUGGAGGAACUCAAGUGAGGCUGGCCUCGCUGUUUAGGAGAUUAGUUUUACAUCUUCCUUCUGAUGAGCAAAGCCUUUGGCACCAAUGUGGAUCAAUCUUGCAUUACUGCACCAAGAAGCCAAUAGAUCAAAACAUGUUCUCUCAACGUAUGUAACAGCAAAAAGACAAACUUCCCCUGCUCCCCCACAAGCUCUAGGAAACACUAAGGAACAUUUUAGAGGGGGAUUUCGUCCUUAUAUUUAUAUAAAUAUAUAUAUAUAAAUAUAUAUAUAUUUUGCUGAUGCAGUAUACAGUGUGUGUGUAUGUGUGUGUGUGUGUAUAUACACAUAUGUAUAUAUAUGUAUAUACACACAGAUGAUUCCUGGAAAAGAACUCAGAAUGCUUUGCUAGCAAAACACUGUGGUGUGCAAAACUAGAACUCAAUAGAAAAAAGCCAUUUUUCUGAAGGCCACAUAGCUGAGAGUCUUCAGUUUACCUCAUUCUUUGUAGCAGCCCUUGAUUUUAACAGUUUUUUGUAAUAGGUACAAACGAUCCCAUGCCUUUCUAGGUGCAAUUUUAAGUUAAGCUAAAGUUCUUUUUAUGGUAAUUUAUUUGUAUAUGAGGGUAGAAGGUGAGAUCAUGUCAUACCUUAAAAUCCUAAUUUUGGGAAACUGACACUAUUUAAAUUAUUAGCAACUGUUGUACAGAAAAAUCUCUUUUUUUCUACUUCAUUGUUACAUUAGCAUUCAUACAUGUUCAAGCACAGCAUUUUACCAUAGGUAAGCAUUCCUUUUAGCACAUAUAAAAUGCAAUGUUUAAAGUAAUGCAAACACUAUCCCACUGCAAAGAUGGAUGAACUUAUUUCAGCUGAGUAUUAAUUCAUCUUUGCCAAAAAAAGAGCAAUAUAAUUGUUAAAAAUGUAUGCCUUGUUUACUAAAGUUGUUAUUUUAAAUGUAGAUUUAAUGGCCACCAAAAUUUGGAGUAAAUAUUCCGCACUAAAAGUAGUUUUAUUUUUCAACACGUGGAUAAACCAUUGAAUCCACAGACAUCUUAAUUCACUGCAAGGUUGGUGUUCCAGGGAAGCUGCCUGCACUGUCAGUAUUUGUUUUCCUGUUAUUCAUAGCUUUUCUGAGAUUCAUUCGGAAAACAAAAAAAAAUCUGUUUUGAGCACUGUUUCACUGAACUUACUAGAGGAACUGCAUUAAUGUAUAGACAGUCAUUUUAGGAUGAGAUUUAUGUUAAAGUAAAAGCAGCAGGUUCCAAAGUAAUCACUUACCAGAUAAGGUGGAGUGUUUAAAAAUAACACAGUUUGCACAAUUCUUUUAAACUCUGUGCCAUUCAGACCAUUGUGGGUCCCUGCCUUUCUCCAUUUCUUCCUUCUCCCCCACCCAAGGUAUUUUAGUACAAAAAUGUAAUUUGUUAAUGUCUAUUUUCUUUUGAAAUUUUUGACCAAACUUGCCACUGGAAUGGUUUCUAAGUAAUUUUUUUUUCCAGUCAGCUCAUUCACAAGCAGAAUGGAGUGUUUAUGGAUCACUAAAUUUUUCCAAAGUGUACUAAUCUGUAAAUACAGCCAAGCACUUACUUGGAAGUCAUGGUUUAAUAAUUAUAAUUUGGUUCUUAAUUUAAGCCUUCAUCUGCAUGGGCAGUCUGAGGCUCCUAGUGAUAGUGGUGGAGGUAAAAGGCAGGGUUCAGCUGCUUGAUAUGUUUCAAAAUUCUGGUGUUAUCACUACUGUGUCCUAAGAUAAAGUAUUCACUAAAACUUGGAUUAGAAAUUAUCUUUUCAGAAAUGUUACACUUGUAAAUAGUUCAAGAUUUUUGUGACUGGAACACAGCUGGGGGGUGGGGAGAGUUUCUAAGCUGCUAAAAUUUCUUUCCCUUCCCGCCCCUCCAACUUACUUCAGUUAUUGUAACAUCAUGUGGAUUUAGGCUUUGAUUAAAUGGAUCAUAAUAAUAAUUAAAAAAAAAAACAAAGAAAAACUUAUCUUGGAGCAUACCCAGACUGUGGCUGGCUGACUGGAAAUUGAUCUGAUCUGCCAGUGCUAUUGCUAUGAAUUAUUAAAUGUUAGCAGAGGUUUAGCAAAUAGAUUUAUUAAAUAUUUGAGCAUUUCAAGUCCAGAAAUAGAUGCGGCCAAAUGCAUUUUAAAAAAACCCAAACCAGUAAUUGAAGAGACAGCUGUCAACAGUUGCUUUUAAUAAGGUCACUAAGUACUAUAUAGUACAGUAUUAAUUUAUAGCAGAAAAUCAUAUCUUGUAAACUGUAUAUAAAACACUGUUUUAUGGUGCAAUCAUUUGUCAAACUUAUGUCUGUUACUUUUGUUUUAAAGUUGUGUGCAUUCUUUUCAUACCUAAGAGCAUCACUGUAAAAUCUGCUGAAGACUAUUUAUAGGUUUUAUUUGCACAAGGUCUUGUUUUGAACUACAGGAAGUUCGUAUUGAACAUGCCUAAACAUCUGUAGACUUUUUCAGUUCAUGAAUAGCAAAUGUUUCCAUAUGAAUCUUCUCCAAAGGUAAUCCCAUAUUUGUGUUGAGUGUUUACAUAAACUUUUCUGAUUCUGCCAGCCAUUAUUUUUUAACUUUUUGAAGGACAGCUCAUUUUAUACAUCACUAGAGAAUUCCAUUCAUUCUUUUGCUUCUAAAUCCUCCCAAAGGUUUGAUACCCCAUCAUAAUGUAAUUUGUGCACACUUUGUCAUUUAUUCGGCUAACAAAAUGUAAGAUUGGAAACUUGAAAACACUUUCAGAAGGAAAAACUAAAGUCAAUUUGUCUGUAUAAACCUCACCAUUGAGCUCAGCUGAAAGAAUCGCCUGGAAGCAGUUUGGCUGAGUCCCGGGGAGGGUGUGCUUCCCCGGGCACAGAGCCGCAUUUCAGGCGCUUCGUGCCUGCCGCUGUCCCGCGGGCAGAGCCACACUCCGAGCCCGGCCCUCCUGCCGUCCCUGCGUUCCCGAGCCGUUGUUUAACCACUCCACAACACAGCUGCAGGUUCCUGUUCGCCCCGACACACACACAGGAGAAUGGAAGCUGUCCUUUAAAACCUUUGUGAAGGAUGAACAUAAUGAAGGAAAUGGUGUCUGCCCGGGCUCGAGGCCGCGCCCGCCGCCUGCGCCCCCCGGCCUUUACUGAGGGUUGUUUUCUAUUGGUUAGAGCAUUUUUUCAAUUAAUGAUUUCCGAACAAAUGUUAAUACAAACUGUAUAAAAUGAACAUAAUUUUCUUCACUUGUAUUUUUGUUAUUGAGCAAGUUUAUCAAAAUAAAUUGUCUACUAAAG